GCCCACAGGCAAAUUCUCAGGAAUAAGGCCCACUGAAACUACCACGACUUGUUUUCGUCGGCGUUUUCGUCUCUUCCUUCAGCGUGCCAUCGAAGUUGCCGUCGAUCACUUUCCAGUUGAUUCCGCGAUUGUUGAUCAUACGGCUUCCUGGUUUAAGAGUCGUCUCUAAGCUUUUGCGUAAUCGAAUUCAUGGCGGAGCCGGAGAAGGAGAGGGACAAGUACAGUUUGAUUGUCCCAACCUACAACGAGCGCAUCAAUAUUGCUCUCCUCGUCUACCUCAUUUUCAAGCACCUCCCGGAUGUUGAUUUUGAAAUAAUUGUUGUUGAUGAUGGAAGUCCGGAUGGUACUCAAGAAGUUGUGAAACAGUUGCAAGGGCUAUAUGGUGAAGAUCGGAUCCUAUUGAGAGCCAGACCUAGGAAGCUUGGAUUAGGAACGGCUUACUGUCAUGGUCUCAAGCAUGCAACUGGUAAUUAUGUUGUUAUAAUGGAUGCUGACUUAUCUCACCAUCCAAAAUAUUUACCCAGCUUCAUUCAGAAACAGUUACAAACUGGUGCCGAUAUAGUUACAGGAACCCGAUAUGUGAAAGGUGGCGGUGUACAUGGAUGGAAUCUUAUGCGAAAACUAACAAGUAGAGGAGCUAAUGUUCUUGCCCAAACACUUUUAUGGCCUGGUGUAUCAGAUUUAACUGGAUCUUUCCGGCUCUACAAGAAAUCAGUGCUAGAAGAUAUCAUCACUUCAGUUGUUAGCAAGGGAUACGUCUUCCAAAUGGAGAUGAUUGUUCGAGCUACAAGAAAAGGUUAUCACAUUGAAGAGGUUCCAAUUACGUUUGUUGAUAGAGUGUUUGGAACUUCCAAGCUUGGAGGAUCCGAAAUUGUAGAGUAUUUGAAAGGUCUAUUGUACCUUCUGGUCACCACAUGAUCAGACAUUAAACAGUGAAUUUGAUUUAUCGGCAGGUAAACUUCUUGUUUGAUUUCAACCCUUUGCCCAUUUCUGGUUAAGUACCCACCACCCCCCAGGCCUUUUUUUUGUGUAAAUUUGAGAUUAUUUCUUAGGAAGUAUUUUCAUAACUAUUAGUUUUCCCCCUAAUUUCCCUUCAAAUAGUAACUGUCAUAGAUUGAUUUUGAUUAUGGUAUAGCAUUAUCUCAUAGCUCAGGUAUUGGCUUUCCUGUCUCAUUUACUUCCUCCCAAUAUAAAUUGUACAACAUUUCAUUUACAAACAUCGGUGAUUGGUAUAUGAAUUCAAAGUUCAAUUUACAUAA